UUUAGAUCUGCUGCUACUGUCAAUAAAAUGCAAAGAGACAAGUAAAACAGAAACCCAAGCCCCGGAACGUAUACAUACGUGAGAGAAAACGAAAGUGACGAGUGUGUGUGUGUGUGUGUGUAUGAGUGAAGAUUGCAGUUAUCUCUCGUCUCGUGUAUGUGACACCUUGAAAUUGUUGCGCUCUAUUUAAAGCAAUUGCUGAAAUCUCCUCUGCGUCGUCUAAUCGUUGCACCAUCAUGUGCCAUCAGUGAAACUAUUAAAAAAACCCAGGACUAAAAAUAUAUAAGCAUCCGGUGUCUCGCCACACUCGUUUUCAUUCGCCAACUUCCCUUCGAGUGUGUCAAGUGGCCGGUUUGGAAAACUAAAAUCGUUCUUUUCUCAACUUGAUUCUUCUCCACCCGACUGCUACUAAUAUCUUUAAUCACCAUGGGCAACAUCCACACGGUUGGACCGAACGAAGCUUUGGUCGUCUCAGGCGGCUGCUGUGGUGCCAGUACUAAGACGACCAUCGUCGGCGGAUGGGCGUGGGCCUGGUGGCUCGUAACGGACGUCCAGCGCAUGUCACUCGAGGUGAUGACGUUGAAUCCAAUGUGCGAGCACGUCGAGACGGCCCAGGGAGUGCCGCUGACGGUCACCGGAGUGGCCCAGUGCAAGAUUAUGACGGACAAGGAGCUACUGCGGACGGCCUCUGAGCAAUUUCUCGGCAAAACUUCCCAAGAAGUCCAGCUGACGAUCCUUCAAACCCUCGAAGGCCACCUGCGCGCCAUCCUGGGCACUCUCUCCGUCGAAGAGGUGUACCGCGACCGCGACCAAUUCGCUUCGCUCGUACGAGAAGUGGCGGCGCCCGAUGUCGGCCGGAUGGGCAUUGAAAUCCUUUCCUUCACCAUCAAAGAUGUUUACGACGACGUCGAGUAUUUGUCAUCACUGGGAAAAGCGCAGACGGCCAAUGUCAAGCGAGACGCGGCUGUGGGCGUCGCCCAGGCCAACAGAGACGCCGGAAUUCGGGAAGCGGAAUGUGAGAAAGCCUCGAUGGACGUCAAGUACAACAUGGACACCAAAGUGGAGGACAACACGCGACUCUACAAACUUCAGAAAUCCAAUUUCGACCGGGAGAUUAACACAGCCAAAGCCGAGGCGCAAUUAGCAUACGAAUUGCAGGCCGCCAAAACUCGCCAAAAGAUCCGGACGGAAGAAAUGCAAAUCACGGUCGUGGAGCGCCGGAAGCAAAUCGAAAUUGAGGAACAGGAAAUUAUGCGACGCGAAAAGGAACUCAUCGCCACCGUCCGGCUGCCCGCCGAGGCCGAAAGUUUCAAAGUCGAACUCGUCGCCCAGGGCCAAAGGACUCAAGUGGUGGAAAAGGCCCGCGCCGACGCCGAGAAGAUCAAACUCAUCGGAGCGGCCGAAGCCACGGCCAUCGAAAAUGUCGGCCGGUCCGAAGCGGAGGCCAUGCGACUCAAAGCCGCCGCUUACAAACAAUACGGGGAGGCGGCCACACUCUCUCUCGUUUUUGAAGCCCUGCCAAAGAUCGCGGCCGAAGUUGCCGCUCCUCUUGCCAAGACGGACGAGAUCGUGAUGCUCAGCGGCUCGUCCAAUUUCUCCAACGAAAUCAAUAAAUUCGUUGCCCAGGUGCCGCCCGCCAUUCAAGCCCUGACUGGAGUCGAUUUAUCCGACGUCCUACGCAAAAUUCCCGGCGCCAAGUGAACGAGGAACGACCUGGAACAACCAUAAUUCGCCGCAUCUACUUGCUGACUGAAUAAGAAUUAAAAAACUAACUCAAAGUGACCAAAAAUUAAAAGAACAAUAGUCUUAAAAAUUCAAAAGAAUUCAAAACACCUUAAAUUAGAAGAGAAUUAAUUCAACUGGAUUUCGCCGCUGCAGUAGCUGCUCUGCGCUUUGUUGCCAGAUCAAAAGAAGAAGAAGAAGAAGAUUUUGAAAAAAACCUCCCCAACCAUUUUUAUUAAAAUAAUAAUUUUCAACCUCUCUCUAUCUUUCAAUCUUUCUCUCCUUUUUGCUAUCAUAACUGCGCCGAGUCUUACAUUAUACCUGCCUGCCGUGUGUGUGUUUCGACUGUCCGUUUUCAUCUCCUUCGUGUGUCAGUGUGUCAAGGCUUUAGCGUUUAGACUUUACCCCUUGAUUCUUUUCGAUUUUGAUUAUUUUUCUUUUUUAUUAGUCGUUUAGCUCUUUUUCGUUUGGUUGUUGAGUCGGACGAAUUGUGCGUGGCCCGUUCUGAACGGGACCCGCUUUUUUUCGUCGCGACUGUCGUUCGCGCCACAGCUCGAUGCUGCGUUUAUCGUUUUGCGUUCGGGGUCCAAGUUGAGUGCCAUAUUAAAAACUGUGUGACUCUUU